AUGGCUUCAACCGUUGUUCCAGUCAACACAAUGGCCGAGUUGGCCGAUCAAUGGCGAGAGACGUCUUCUGGAGUGUGGGAGCGUAAUGCAUGCCCAAUGGAAUGCUGGAUGAGAAUGCGCUCAUGCAUGUACACAUCCAACAAGAGGCAUCUAACCCUCUCAGUCACAAUUCGGCUGCAACUUGCAAUUCCCCCUAUGCAGUUUGCCGAUGAUUUGCUUCGAGCAUGGAAGACGAUUCGUCUCGAUCACGGCACUCUGGCGAGCGAGCUCGACCGCGUUAACAGAACGUGGAAGUACCGUGCCCCCAAUGAUGCUGAGAUAGACAGUUGGAUCAGCGAAACCUUCAAAGUUGUCAAUGAGCCGAUGACAGUUACUCAGAUAAAAGAGAUGAUCCCUUCAAUUCAACGACCCACUCUCUACUUUCUGCCUGCAUCGAACGAGAUAGUUCUCAAAGCGCCACCGACCCACAUUGAUCACAAGGGUAUCCUGCUUCUUGCAGGCACUCUGCUACGCCAUGCAACCGAUCCCGAUAAGACAGAGCCAGUCUACAAAUCUGUUAUUCUGUCUCCACCUUACCACACAACCGCCUGUCUCCCUGUCCACACUCAUCACGACACGGAAAAGGCCGCGAGAGAGAUGGAGCGAUACCGUGCCGAUCUCCUCUCCAUGGCUCUUCCCACCAAGAUCUGGGAAUGGGAUUGGGUUUGGUACAAACCCACCGAGACCAAGAGUUGCAUUAUGAGCCUGACUGACAGCCAGACAAAGACAAUCCUCCGUCUGAUGGCCGAAGAGGAUUUCCAUUAUCAUCAUGCAGUCCACGCGGCUAUUGCAUGCGCAACAAAGAGAAUCAACAUCAGCGUCGAUUCGGACAAGUACACAGGUGUAUUCUGCGUUGAUGGAAGAGGCCCCUUCAAUCUGGAUUAUCAUCCCGCUACCAUUUACAGCACCGUUUGGUUCCCUUCGAUCCAUGUUACAGACUUCAAAAGUGUCAUGCGUCAGUUCAAACAUGACUAUCAGGAGAUUGUCCAGGAUCCUAUGCUUCCGAAUGUCGUGGAUGAAAUGAUCAAUAUCUCCAUUUCUCUGGACCAAUAUGAAGAAUUCUGUACUGCCGAAGCUUUGCUCACUAACCUGGGCCAUCUGGAAAGAUUCAUUCCUGAUACUGGCCGCGAAGUGGAGGUUGUCGAGCUUGACUUCCAUUGUGAAGUCCUUACACCCGCCAUUAACGUUUACGUUUACAUUCAGCGGAAUGAGCUUACGCUGAAGGCUUGCUACAAUGAUACCUACCACGCCGCAGACAUGGUUACCAGGUUCUUGGAAAUGGUUAUGGAGGAGUUGCACAAGGGUUUCAAUCUUCCCAUGUACGUGUGCAUUGAUUGA